AUAUAGUAGCUAAUACACAUUUUUUUCUUUGUGAUUAUUCCCAUAUAUUUGUUCUUCCCUUUUUAAAUUUACUUCAUUGGACAACUCGCAUAGCUUUAUUAGCUUUUCGACUUCGGAUUUGCCAAGAAAACGUACUUACGUUUAAUUACCUUCGCGAAUGCAAGACUCUAUACCGUGAGUACCGUGUCGCCGAGUUUACCUUGUUUAUUUUCGGAAACCGCGACGGGAUACGCAGGGAUACGUUAAUGGCGUACAAACACGUCUGAACGCUGCGAACUAUAGCGACAUCUGGCUCGAGCAGUCGCGACCGAGUCCUCGUCGCCGAAUGAUCGAAUUUGCGAGAAUCGUCCUUCUCGCCUGCCUGUUGUUGCUUCCGUCGUCGUUUCCCAUAAAGUUGCCGCGAUCGGCUGCAGGGGAAGGGACGGAAAUGUCAAGGAUGCUCGCGGUGGAUUUCGAAGUUUUCGGCAUCGUGCAAGGAGUCUUCUUCAGGAAGUACACGCAGAAACGCGGCAAGGAGCUGGGUCUGAGGGGAUGGUGCAUGAACACCCCGGACGGCACCGUGACCGGCCACUUGGAGGGGGAGAAGGCGCAGGUCGAGGAGAUGAAACAGUGGCUUCGCCACACCGGAAGCCCUUCGUCGCGGAUCGACAAGGUGGAGUUUCGCAACGAGAAGGAGAUCUCCAAGCCGUCGUUCUCCAACUUCGAGAUCCGAAUGUAGAGGCGUUCUCCAGUCGCGAAAAACGAAGAAUAACAGGAAAAAAAAUUAACGUCCAAGUCCUAGAAUCGUUUAAGCGUCGCGCGA